AUGUCUUUUAACCGAUUUCGCUGUUUAGAAAAGAUUCAUCAUACAUCAAAACGGUCAAUGUCCGUUGGUCGUGUCAGUCGUAAAUCUUUUACAGUAUAUGGAAGUGAAGAUUUUAUACAGAAUGUACUAAAAAGUGAUAUUCCUGUCAUAGUCAACUUCCACGCUGAUUGGUGUGAACCGUGUUUAACAUUAACACCAAUGUUAAAAAAAAAGAUUGGAGACUUACCUUCUGUUCAUUUAGCAUUAGUGGAUGUAGAAAAGAAUGCUGAUUUGGUGCAUACAUUUGAGGUAAAAGCAGUUCCAGCCGUUUUAGCCAUUCGCAAUGGUCAUGUCAUUGACAAAUUUAUUGGACUUAUUGACAAUGACAUGAUCACUGAAAUGGUCAACAAACUUUCUAAACCUGAAGAAAUAUAG